AUGAUGGUGACAGUAACAGUAGCGGAGAAGAAAGCGGAGGUGGUGGCUCUGGAGGCAGCGAUUCUGAGGGCGCUGGAAGCAACGGUGAUGGUGGAUCUGGAGGCAGUGGUAGCGACAAUAACAAUACUUGCAACUGUAAUCCCGGAGAAGCUCCCUCAAUCUGCGCCGUUGAAGGAUCAGAGGGAGUCCUUGUUGCUCAUGAAAAUUGUAACCAGUUCUACAAGUGCUCCAAUGGCUUGCCCGUAA